CUCUGGCUGUGGCGGGCGAGGACGCGUCAGGGGCCAUAAAUAAAUAAAUAAUUGCAGUCCCCCGGGGACGGCGAGGCGAGCCGGCUGCGGCUCGGAGGGAGCGGAGAGCGGCCGUGCCCACCCGGUGCCAGCGCCAGUUGUUUGUAAGAGGAAUUUCCUGAUACGACUGAAAACAGUUCUGGAGGCUGGGGAUCUGAGAAGAGUGCCAGCAGAGUCAGAUGGAAAACUGGUGAUUUCCUGACAGCAUCAGUUUCAUCUAAGCAUCUUUCAGAGCGAGGACUGCUGAGAUGCCUGGCCUUUGUCCUCCCUACCCUCCAAAACUAAAAAAAAAAAUUAGAUAAAAUAAAAAUAAUGUCAAGCAAUUUAGACAUUCAUCAGCCUGGUAAACAAAUUCUGCCAGCAAACAGAAGUCCUACUGUUGUAAAGAAAAUUGAUAAUCUGGAGUCUGCUCUACCUCUCUUCCUCUGUAUUGCCUUCAAAUACCACACUUCGAGGAAUAGUGACUGGACUUACCAAUUCCACGUAUAAACCAAAGAAGUCUGUUCAAGUGGGAAUCUGUCAACAGGUUACCUGAAUUGCAAAGAGAAGAGCAGAAAUGCCACCACCUGCAGGUGGCCCACCACUACACCCACCUCCUGAUGGAGGAUGGGGCUGGGUAGUGGUUGCAGCGUCUUUUAUCUCCAUCGGAUUUUCAUACGCAUUCCCCAAAGCCAUCACAGUAUUCUUCAAAGAAAUUCAGCAAAUAUUCAGCACCAGCUACAGUGAAAUAGCAUGGAUAUCAUCCAUUAUGCUGGCUGUAAUGUAUGCAGGAGGUCCCAUAAGCAGUAUUUUGGUGAAUAAAUAUGGUAGCCGGCCAGUGGUGAUGCUAGGAGGUUUGCUGUGCUGUGUGGGAUUGGUCGCAGCCUCUUUUAGCACCAGCGUGAUAGAGCUCUACAUCACUGUGGGAUUCAUUGGAGGUUUAGGUCUAGCCUUCAACCUGCAACCCGCCUUAACAAUCAUUGGCAAAUACUUCUAUAAGAAACGACCCAUGGCGAAUGGGCUCGCCAUGGCAGGAAGUCCUGUUUUCUUAAGCACAUUAGCCCCUUUCAAUCAGUUCCUUUUUAAUAUGUUCGGCUGGAAAGGAAGCUUCAUGAUUUUGGGAGGCAUAUUGUUGAAUGCCUGUGUGGCUGGGGCUCUCAUGAGACCCGUUGAAUCCAAACUAAGUACUAAGGCUCAAAAUAAGAUUGGCGAAACGGAGCUUGAGUCGGGUGUGAAAAAAAGCCACAAGAAGCAAUCAGCCUGGGAAAAAAUUAAUAACUAUUUAGAUUUCUCCCUUUUCAAGCAUAGGGGGUUUUUGAUAUACUUAUCUGGAAAUGUCAUUAUGUUUCUAGGAUUUUUUGCCCCCGUUAUAUUCUUGGCUCCAUAUGCUAAAGACAAGGGGAUUGAUGAGUACUCUGCAGCCUUCCUGCUGUCCGUUAUGGCUUUUGUUGACAUGUUUGCAAGGCCUGCAGUAGGAUUCAUUGCAAACACCAAACUUGUUCGACCUCGAAUCCAGUACUUCUUCAGUUUUGCAAUUAUGUUCACGGGAGUGUGUCAUCUCUUGUGCCCAUUGGCAGAGGACUACAUAAGCCUGGUGUUUUAUGCUAUAUUUUUUGGCCUUGGAUUUGGGAGUGUUAGCAGUAUCCUCUUUGAAAGUCUCAUGGACCUUGUUGGUGCUCAGAGAUUUUCCAGCGCCGUGGGACUCGUCACCAUUGUGGAGUGCUGUCCAGUUCUCCUUGGCCCUCCUCUGGCUGGUAAAUUGGUGGAUGAAACUGGAGAGUAUAAAUAUAUGUAUAUAGCCUGCGGGGCUAUUGUGUUCCUAGCAAGUGUGUGGCUGCUCAUUGGUAAUACUAUAAACUAUAGAUUGCUUGCAAAGGAAAAGAAGUUGGAAAAAGCAAAGGAGGAAACGUAUAACAAGCCUGAGCCCCGAGAAUCUGAACCUUUGAACGCAUCUAAACAAUGUGAUGCUGAAGUCAAAAGCACGAGGCCAGGGCGCAAUCCCUCAGAAAGAGAAACUAAUAUAUAGCAAGAAUCACACCUCUGAUUUCAGUGUUUAUGACUUUUUAAAAAGUAUGUUUUUGUAUUGAUUUUUUAGACAGAAAGGAAGGAAGAGGGGAAAGGAGAUAGAAACAUAGAUGAGAGAGAAACAUUGAUUGGCUGCCUCCUACCGAGGAUCCA